AUGGCUCCCAUUUCGUUGAAAAUGAAAGGCAACAAGACCUUCUCCCAGUUUGCCAACAUAACUUCCGAAGACGACCUGUCCCAAACGUGGCGAGUAUGCACCAAAGUCAAAGACUCUUUAGAGAACGGCAGCCGAUUGGAGAACCUUGCUUGGCGUUUAUGGUUCAUUCACAACAUCAUGGAUACAAAGACGCAUUUCAAAAGAUUGUCCUCGUCAACAACUCGAAAACUCGACAAAGAGAAAGGCUCAGUACAAAACAAGCGUGCCAUGAACAAGCAGCCGUCUCAUAUCGAAUAUGCCCAGCAGCAGCAACCUAAAACAAAACAAUCUCAAUCGUCAUCAUACCAGCAGCUACAGCCAUGUCAAUUACCCAAUCCAUCAUCAUAUCCUCAGCAGCAGCAACAACAUGAGCAACAACAAUCAGCAGCAGCAUCAACAACAAUAGCACCAACACAGCCUCAACAACCACUACAGUCAUCAUCCUCAUCAUCAUCUGCCCAACAACAGCAUAUGGACAUGGCAUCACUACAGCCCUCUUUUGACCAUCAAAUACCGCAGCAAAUGAAUGUCGAAUCCAAUGCUGAAACCAAUUAUGACUUUACCACUGAGAAUUUCGUGCUACAGCAAUUUACGUCAGAUCAAGCCUCGGACCAAAUGAUCGAAUUGGAUGAUGACAUCUUCAAAGACAUGAAUAACCUUUUCAACUUUGACAACAUGAUGGGUGGCUAUUUGCCUACGUCAAUACAAGAUACUGAAAUGAUGGAUGCCGGCUCUUUCUAUACUACUACAACAACUCAACAACAACAACAAUCAGACAUACCACAACAACAAUCCACUUUACAGCAACAGCAACAAACACAGCAUCUCGUUUAUCAGCAGCAGAAGGAGCAACAACAGGACAAUGACGCACUUUAUGUUAUGGAAGAAGCGAUCCCUCCUCUUCCUAGAAACACGUUGCAUAGCAAGAUCCUUUCCAUUCUUCCUCCUGAAAAAUUCGCCUCGGCUCAACAUGUCUUGUCGCCCACUUCUUGGAAACAACCAACACCACCAUCAUCAUCAUCAUCCACAGGCGACCCUUCAGCACAAAAGAUACAUGUGAAUACAACACCUUCAGAGGGAAAGCGUCCUAUAUGCAGCAAUUGUGAGACGACAUCCACACCCCUUUGGAGACGAUCCGCAAACGAUGAGCUAUUAUGCAAUGCAUGUGGAUUAUACGCCAAAUUACAUAAUGCACCCAGGCCAAAGCAUUUCAAGAGUGCUCCUCAAUCAUCCGUGGAAGGUAUUGAAACGGCAUGUUCCAAUUGCAGUACAAGGACAACUCCGCUCUGGCGUCGUGACAAUGAAGGUGCCCCACUUUGUAAUGCGUGCGGACUUUAUCUCAAAUUACACAAUGCCAAACGACCUCUUUCAAUGAAGACGGAUGUGAUCAAGAAGCGACAACGCGGCAUGGAUGUAACACACCCUCGUUCCAUUCGAGUUAUCAAUCAUCAAUUUGAGGAGCAUCAUCACCACCAACAAGAACAACAACAACCACCAUCAUCAUCAGCAACAUCCACAACACAACAACAACAACAACAGCCAAAACAUCCAUCAUCAUCAUCCACAUCAUCUAAUUUCCGGAGCUUCGUUUUUCCAGCAUAG